CAAGAUCAGCUUCUUUCUCCGCGUUCGUGCUAAUGGCGCAGCGCGGCAAUGGCCGCUUCCACGGUUCCACCACUCCUCCACCCGACGCCUCCCUUCCAGCCAUUAGCACAUGAGCUCCACCUCUCGCACCGCGCUCUCCCCGAGUCCCGAUGUCACGGGCGCCUCCCGCGUUGGCGGCUCCGGCCAACUCUACGUUCUCCCACCUCUUCCAGUUUUGCGCCCGCGGCGGCCGCGCUGCCCUCGACGCCGGGCGCGCCGCGCACGCGCGCAUGCUAGUGUCCGGGUUCCUCCCGACAUCCUUCGUCUCGAACUGCCUCCUGCAGAUGUACGCCCGCUGCGCGGACGCCUCGUACGCUCGCAGGGUGUUCGACGCGAUGCCCCACAGGGACACCGUGUCGUGGAACACCAUGCUCACCGCGUAUUCGCACUCCGGGGACAUAGCGACCGCUGUAUCACUGUUCGAUGCAAUGCCGAAUCCGGAUGUCGUGUCAUGGAACACGCUGGUCUCAAGCUAUUGUCAGCAUGGCAUGCAUAGCGAGUCGGUGGCCCUGUUUCUGGAGAUGGCUCGCUCUGGUGUUGCCUCCGACCGGACAACGUUUGCUGUCCUUCUGAAGUCGUGCGGUGCUCUGGAUGACUUGGCACUCGGUGUUCAAAUCCACGCGCUGGCGGUGAAGGCAGGAUUGGAUAUUGAUGUCCGGACUGGGAGUGCUCUCGUGGACAUGUAUGGCAAGUGCAGCAGUUUGGAUAACGCAUUGUUCUUCUUUUAUGGAAUGCCCGAGAGGAACUGGGUCUCGUGGGGCGCAGCCCUUGCUGGGUGCGUUCACAAUGAGCAGUACACUCGUGGGUUGGAGCUGUUCAUGGAGAUGCAGAGGUCAGGGAUGGGGGUGAGCCAGCCGGCUUAUGCCAGUGUCUUUAGAUCUUGCGCAGCAAAAUCAUGUCUGAGCACUGGUAAGCAGUUACACGCACAUGCCAUAAAGCAUAACUUCAAUACUGACCGUAUUGUUGGGACAGCUAUUGUGGAUGUUUAUGCUAAGGCUAAUAGCUUGGUGGAUGCUAAAAGGGCAUUCUUUGGGUUGCCCAGCCAUACAGUACAAACAUGCAAUGCCAUGAUGGUUGGGCUUGCGCGCGCAGGGCUUGCAAAUGAGGCCUUGGAACUGUUUCAGUUCAUGACCAGGUCAGGCAUUGGUUUUGAUGCAGUCAGUUUAUCGGGUGUCUUCAGUGCUUGUGCAGAGAUUAAGGGGUAUUUAAAAGGCCUACAAGUCCACUGCUUAGCAAUGAAAUCAGGUUUUGAGACGGACAUCUGUGUCAGAAAUGCAAUUCUUGAUCUGUAUGGGAAGUGCAAAGCAUUGGUAGAAGCGUACUUUAUCUUCCAGGAUAUGGAGGAACGAGAUUCAAUCUCUUGGAAUGCUAUUAUUGCUGCUCUUGAGCAAAAUGGGCGCUAUGAGGACACCGUAGUUCAUUUUAAUGAGAUGCUGCGCUUUGGUAUGGAACCCGAUGAUUUCACAUAUGGUAGUGUCCUUAAGGCUUGUGCAACUUUACAAUCUUUGGAGUUUGGAUUGAUGGUACAUGACAAGGUUAUCAAGUCAGGACUUGGUUCAGAUGCUUUUGUAGCUAGCACUGUUGUUGACAUGUACUGCAAAUGUGGUAUGAUGACAGAUGCUCAGAAACUCCAUGACAGAAUUGGGAAGCAAGAACUUGUUUCAUGGAAUGCCAUCAUGUCAGGAUUUUCACUGAACAAACAGAGUGAGGAUGCCCAGAAAAUCUUCUCACAGAUGUUAGAUAUUGGACUUAAGCCUGAUCAUUUCACCUAUGCUACAGUUCUUGACACUUGUGCUAACCUAGCUACCAUUGAGAUCGGGAAGCAGAUCCAUGGUCAGAUAAUUAAGCAAGAAAUGCUGGUAGAUGAAUAUAUAUCCAGCACCCUUAUAGACAUGUACGCCAAGUGUGGGUACAUGCAAGACUCACUGCUAAUGUUUGAGAAGGCACAGAAACGGGAUUUUGUGUCAUGGAAUGCUAUGAUAUGCGGCUAUGCGCUGCAUGGUCAAGGAGCAGAAGCACUCAAGAUGUUUGAUAGGAUGCAAAGGGAGGAUGUGAUUCCGAACCAUGCAACUUUCAUUGCUGUGCUCCGGGCUUGCAGCCAUGUUGGUCUGCUGGAUGAUGGAUGUUGUUACUUCCAUCAGAUGACCACCCGCUACAAACUGGAACCACAACUGGAGCACUUUGCUUGCAUGGUAGAUAUACUAGGACGGUCAAAGGGACCACAGGAAGCUCUGAAGCUUAUUGGCACCAUGCCUUUUGAAGCGGAUGCAGUCAUCUGGAAGACUCUCCUAAGCGUUUGCAAGAUCCAUCGGGAUGUUGAGGUGGCUGAACUUGCUGCCGGCAAUGUUCUACUACUGGAUCCUGAGGAUUCUUCAGUUUAUAUUCUUCUGUCAAAUGUAUAUGCAGAAUCAGGGAAAUGGGCUGAUGUUUCUAGGACAAGAAGGUUAAUGAAGCACGGAAGGCUUAAGAAGGAACCUGGCUGUAGCUGGAUUGAGGUGCAAAAUGAGAUGCAUGGAUUCCUUGUAGGAGAUAACGUCCAUCCGAGAUCGAGGGAGCUGUAUGACAUGCUGCAUGAUUUGAUUGAUGAGAUGAAACUGUCUGGAUAUGACCCUGAUUCAUCUUCUUUUGCUGAGGUUGACGAAGAGGGCAGUGCAUCCGAGCAAGAUGAUUUACUUGGAAUGGUUGGUGGCUAGUCAGUCCUGUAUUGAGGUUCCAAUCUACUAUUUUAUUACAAAGCUCUAAACUUAAUCUCCCCUGCAGCUGAGACAGUGAUACUGCAAAAGAUGCUCAGGCAGAACUCUGAGGCUGUUUUCCCUGGCAUGUCACUGUACCGUAAAAUGGUUUUGUUGAUCUCAUGAGUGUAUGAAAUUCACCAACGUUGGAAGACAAACUGGUGCACAUAUUUUGCUAUAUAUAUGACAGACUUGGCAAUUGUGAUUGUUUCCGCCAUUUAUGCUGGUACAGGCUUGUAUAAAGGCACUUGACCAAAUGCAGCAGAAGACUUUCUGAUUAGGUUGAGCGAGGUUAUUUGUCAUACAGUUUCUCUAAAGCAGAAUCCGAGGAUAGUAUUUGACAUGCUUGUGCACCAGACGCUUUGACAAGAAGCUUGGGAUUAUAACAAGGGAAGUCAAACUUUCCAGAAGAUGCAAAGGUCUUGCAAGCAUUGUCCAGUGCUAAAUGUACUGAAGAGAGGAAAUGGCUGGCGUUAUGAACAAAGAAUUUCAUGGGCUAUGGAUACCAAGAUAGCAUUAGAAUGUUGUAAACUUGGUUCACAAUUAUCACACCUGAUGAAGGCGCUGAGGAAAUACCGCAAGCAGCCAAGACUUAAUUUUGUUUUGUUCACAGACCUUUCCACUUUAUUGCCUUUGCUGCCAAUUAUUUUGCGUUAUAUUGACUGAUGUGCCGUUCCCUUCCUCUGACUUUAGAACUAUGAUGUUUCUAAUAGUAUACAAGUUUGCAAAUUGCUCCAUUGAACAAGCUUUGUGUAAUGGCAAGAUGCCUACCAAGACUUAAUUUUGUCUCGUUCACAAUUAGACCUUUCCACUUUACUGCCUUUGUUGCCAGUUAUUUUGCGUUAUAUUGACUGAUGUGCCGUUCCCUUCCUCUGACUUUAGAACUAUGAUGUUUCUAAUAGUAUACAUGUUUGGAAAUUGCUCCAUUGAACAAGCUUAGGACACAAGUGCUCUUCCCAACAGGUUAUUAUAGUGUGGCAAUAGAAAUCAAUAUAUACACUCAGUUGUUUGCUUAUCCAAGAAGAACCAGUUACGAAGCCGAGAGGGAACACUUCCCAAGCACUUCAGAUGCAAUUAACACUGAUGGUCAAGGAUAGUUAUCUGUCUGAUAUGACAAAGGUUCAAAUUAAUCAUGGAGGUUAUUUGUAUCGAUUCCAAGUUCCUAACGGAACAUAGCUCCCUUUCAUAGACAACUUCUAUAGAUAAUGUGUUACUUCAACAUUGGUUUCCCCCUUUUUGUGACAGAACUUCAAGAUGGAGAGUAGCAGUGAUUUUGAAGGUUCUGCCGAUGCAGGUAAAGUGGAGGAAAAUGUUGAUGCGUGUUGCGGACUAUUGAAAAGCCCCCGCCGAGCAAUGAUCAGUCAGGCGGUUACAACUAACAAGAAACGAGCAGGAAAGCUACAAGGACGCUCACUAACAGUGGCACAUAAGCUCUGGCAAGGUCUACCAAGCUGAAUGUUGAUUCUGCUUUCCAUUUGUGAUCAGCUGAGGGAGGUAGGGGGCAAACAGGAGCAGUUCCUGGCUACAGGAUCCACCAGAUUUUCUUGUAGUACCAGUCUUGGUUCAUGACGCAACCCUGCUUGCUAGUUAAUGAAGUCCAUUUGCUGCCAAAAAGGAUAAAAAGAAACUGCUGCACAGAAAGCUCGCUAGAUUCACUACUGAAUCAACUGGAGAAUGACCGUAAUGCAUGCUACUCCAUCCGUCACAUUUAUUAUGGAACUGAGGGAGUACCAAUUACAUGGUUUAUGUUUUACUUCCUCCGUUCCUAAAUAUAAGUCUUUUUAGACAUUUUAAAUGGACUACAACAAACGGAUGUAUGUAGACAUAUUUUAGAACGUAGAUUCACUCA